AUGGAUUCCUGUAGUGGUUUGGUUGGUGGAAAAUCUGAUUGUGACGAUGGCGGCGUUGUGGAGAAAGAUCCGGCUGGGAAAUACUUGCGGUAUGACGAACUGUUGGGGAGGGGAGCAUUCAAGACUGUAUAUAAGGCAUUUGAUGAGGUCGAAGGAAUAGAAGUAGCCUGGUGCCAAGUGAAUAUUGAGGAUGUUCUGCAGUCGCCAGAACAGCUUGAAAGAUUGUAUUCGGAGGUUCAUCUUCUGAAGUCAUUAAAACAUCAAAACAUCGUUAAGUUCUUUAACUCUUGGGUUGAUGAUAAGAACAAGACCAUCAACAUGAUAACAGAGUUAUUUACUUCCGGGAGUUUAAGGCAGUACCGAAAGAAGCAUAAGCAUGUUGAUAUGAAGGCCAUUAAGAACUGGGCAAGGCAGAUUCUUCGAGGCUUGCACUAUCUGCAUUCACACAAUCCUCCAAUUAUUCAUAGAGAUUUGAAGUGUGACAAUGUAUUUGUUAAUGGAAAUAAUGGAGAAAUUAAAAUUGGAGAUCUUGGGUUGGCGAUAGUCAUGCAGCAGCCUACUGCCCAUAGCGUAAUUGGCACCCCGGAAUUCAUGGCUCCAGAGCUUUAUGAUGAGGAAUACAAUGAACUUGUCGACAUCUAUUCUUUUGGCAUGUGCAUGUUAGAAAUGGUGACUUGUGAAUACCCUUAUAGUGAAUGUAAAAAUCCAGCACAAAUUUACAAGAAGGUUACCUCUGGUAUAAAGCCUGCUUCACUCAGUAAAGUGGAAAAUCCUCAAGUCAAGCAGUUCAUAGAGAAGUGUCUAGUUCCAGCAUCUAUGAGAUUGACUGCGACAGAGCUCUUGAAAGAUCCAUUCCUUGCAACUGACAAUUUGAAGGAGCGUAGUUGUGAUCUUUCGCAACUACCCAAUCUUGUGCCUAAGUUGGAAAAGUGUCAUGAAACUUCUAACUCUUCAGCUCUGGAGUUUGGGAGGUUCACGGAGAAUAAUGAGUUCAGGUUAAGAGCUGAACAAAAUACGGAUAAUACCGUCUCUUUAACUCUGCGCAUUGCUGAUACCUGUGGUCGUGUGAGGAAUAUCCAUUUUGUGUUCUAUCUUGAUUCUGAUACUGCAAUGUCAAUUGCUGGGGAAAUGGUUGAGCAACUUGAGCUUUCACAUGAACAUGUCUCUGUCAUAGCUGAGUUAAUUGACAAAUUGAUUAUGAAGCUUGUACCAGGCUGGAAACCUUCAUCCGAAAGUUCAUCAUGCGGAGCUAACAGUUCAUGUGGGGAUCAUCCUGCACAUCAAAAUAUUCUGUCACCAUUGGCAUAUGCAGAAGAUCAAGAUAACCAAGCAUCAAUGAUUUCAGAUACCUCAGCCUGCUCAGCCGAGUACAGUGUCCCUAAUGCCUCAUUUGCCGGUAAUGUCAAAGUUUCAGAAUCGGCCAAGUACAGUUCUGAUGAAUUCUGCACAGGUUCAGAUGGGUACGGUUCCAGUCCGGAUUGUACGGUUCAGGGCGGGCUCAAGGAGAAGAGCUAUGAAGCUGGUUCUGGUGAUUCUGUUGUUAUGAAUGACGCAUGCGCUGACAUGUCAAGCAUUUGCUCCUUAUCUGAGUUGUCUCUAGUGGACAAAGCUCGGUAUGAUGAGCUGAAGGGGGAGCUUGUUGCUAUUGAUGUGCAGUAUCAUCAAUGUCUUCUCGAACUCUUGAAGAUGAGGGAAGAAGAAAUUCAGAAUGCCAAGAAGAGGAAAGAGAUAUUGGAUUCAACAACGAAUAUGGAGGCAGCGAGCAAGCAAAUCAAAGGGAAUAGUUGGGUACAAGAUCAUAUUGAUGUUGCAGUAACUGAACCUACAUCACCUGCAGUUGGAUUGGAUGUAAUGAACAUGCAGGGAACCAGGGAUGAGAAUGAGACCCUGGUUUCACUAAGGAAGGCAGCAGACAAACAAAUUAAGGGGAUAAGGGUCGUCGAAGUCCAAGCUACGGAUGUCUAG